GUAUAGCGUUGCUGUGAUACGGCCCUAUAUAUUUGCUGACAGGACUAUCUUCCUUUUAAAGACAACCUCCUCCUUACAUUGGUUUUCACUUAGUGAUGUCGCGUAUUUAUGUGGUGAACCUGUAAAGAGCAAGACAGGCAGAAGCCAGCUUUUUUAAUGAUUUGAUUCAUUUUUAUUUCUUCAGUUAUUUUGAGUUUAUUUAAUCCAUUGGCUGAAAGGGACUCAUUUCUGUAUUUUGGUUAAAUAAAUAUUUUAUUUAAUCAUUUUAUCUUGUUUAUGUGUUGAUUUCUGUUUCCAAGUUUGAACUAAGAGAAAGGCCGAAUUCAUAUUUUUAUAGCCUAUUUGCAAGUGUCUUCUUCAUUCUCUAUUUUUAAAGAGAUUGUUUGCCUAAGGACGUCUGUAACUUUCAUUUGUAGAAACGACGGCAACUCCAAACUAACAUGGCAGUCAGACUGUGCGACGUGGCUUCUCUGCUUAGAAGUGGUUCGUGGGCGGCAGAGCCUUGGACUGGGGUAAUUGCAGCCAUGGAAACACAGCUGUCCAAUGGGCCCACUUGCAACAACACGAGCAACGGUCCCUCAACAAUCUCAAACAACUGCUCCUCUCCGGUAGAGUCGGGGAGCAUGGAGGACAGUAAAACUAACUUGAUAGUAAACUACCUGCCUCAGAACAUGACCCAAGAAGAGCUCAAGAGUUUGUUUGGGAGCAUCGGGGAAAUUGAGUCCUGUAAAUUAGUUCGAGACAAAAUAACAGGGCAGAGCCUCGGUUAUGGAUUUGUGAAUUACGUGGACCCGAAAGAUGCAGAGAAAGCCAUUAACACAUUAAAUGGCCUGAGACUACAGACCAAAACCAUUAAGGUUUCCUACGCUCGUCCAAGCUCAGCCUCCAUUAGAGAUGCAAAUUUGUACGUCAGUGGCUUACCAAAAACCAUGACUCAGAAGGAACUAGAGCAGCUCUUCUCUCAGUACGGACGAAUCAUUACCUCUCGCAUUCUGGUGGACCAAGUGACCGGUGUCUCCAGAGGGGUGGGUUUUAUCCGGUUUGACCGGCGAAUCGAAGCAGAAGAAGCCAUCAAGGGCCUGAAUGGCCAGAAGCCACCGGGCGCCACAGAGCCCAUCACCGUGAAGUUCGCCAACAACCCCAGCCAGAAGACAAGCCAGGCUCUGCUCUCCCAGCUGUACCAGUCGCCCAAUCGAAGGUACCCCGGACCCCUCGCACAGCAGGCACAGCGCUUCAGGUUGGACAAUCUGCUAAACAUGGCAUACGGAGUCAAGAGCCGGUUCUCCCCCAUGGCCAUCGAUGGGGUGACCAGCCUGGCUGGCAUCAACAUCCCAGGGCACGCGGGCACCGGCUGGUGCAUCUUCGUCUAUAACCUGGCUCCGGAUGCAGACGAAAGUAUUCUGUGGCAGAUGUUUGGUCCGUUUGGCGCCGUCACAAACGUCAAGGUCAUCCGGGACUUCAACACAAACAAGUGCAAAGGGUUCGGAUUUGUCACCAUGACUAACUACGACGAGGCAGCCAUGGCCAUCGCCAGCUUGAACGGAUACCGCCUCGGGGACAGAGUUCUGCAAGUCUCGUUCAAAACCAACAAAACGCACAAAGCCUAAUCUCAUCUCGGAUUGUUUAUAGAAAACUCUACAGAAAAUGGAAAAACCUAAAAUGGAAACCUACCGACCGUAAACUUUCUACAUUAGCAAAAACAUCUUUGUAAAUCAGUGUUACGAAGGGAAACUAUACUUAGCGUCCAACAGUGUUUUCCUUUCCUUCAUUGCUAGGCUUUGAAACUUCUUAAAAUACUUUGCGUUAAACCAGAAAAAAUACUGCAGGUUUUCACGCCUGUCUUUAAAGCUGGACCUUUUAAAAUGUUACUAAAGGUUUUUUUUGUUUUGUUGCACAUCUGCUGUAAAACAGGAAGUUUUGUAAGGCUUUGUGUAGUGAUUUUUCUUUUGUAUUCUUCUGUGUCCUGAUUUGCCUUGGUGCUUUUUGCGUCUUAAGUGGUUAACGAAGUAUUUAUUUUUGAUUAUUCAGUUUAAACAAAUUGUUAGUAUUAUGUUUAUUGUAAUAUGAGUUAUUGGUUGGCUGCAUAAUAUUGCUUAUUGUAAAAUUUAAUGGAGGAAAAACACAAAAAAAUAUAUCUUAAAGCAGUACCUUGCCAAAGAGCUAAGAACCUCUUUGAUGUGGGUUUAAAAAGCAUCUAUUUUUAUAAAAAGACAAAUUUGGAGAAACUUUUUACUGGACCUGGAACAAAUAUUUUGACUUGGAUACUUUGAGAAAUAUCUUCAUAUGACACCUUACCAGGAAGUUUGCAGUGGUUGACAUUUCUGGAGAGAUUUCUGAUGUAAAAGAUACCUUUUGAGAUCUUUGUAUUAUCUUUCGAUUCUAGAAUCAAUGGCAGUGAUGGUUUCAUUUGUAUAAUCACCUGUGGGUUGUCCUAUCAUCCUGGCUGUUAUGACUAGCAACUCCCAUUCACUUUUGAUUUGGAAAUGCAGACAGAAAAAAUACAAAGGUUUAUUUGCAAAAGUGCAUGCAAAAUUAUAGUGGAAAUAUCUUCAAGGUAAAAGGGGGGGGGGAUAAAAAUCAGUUCUUCCUAAAGAAUUCCCUUCAAGACAGCGCUCAUGGUGGUUUGUGGUGUACUUACUAUAUCAUUUUGUCUUUAUAUUAAACAAAUAAGGGUUUUACCUACUUUGUAUGAAAGAGGGAGAGGACAAGCUGACCAAGGCAGCUGAUUAAGUAAACGAGUUUGAAUGAAAGAUGGGGAAGAUUACUCCUGGGCUUAGAGCUAUGUAAAUAAGUCCUUUUUUUUAUGUUGAGUAUUUAGCUAGCAUAUUUGUUAUUUUUUUGGACUUUAUGGCGAAGUGCUUUUUUUAUUUGAGUAACUAGUGUGAUUUAUUGAUUUUUCUGGGGAGAUAUUGCCUUAUUUUGAUUUCAGUUCGACUUUGAAAGUUCACAUUCAGUUAAAAUACUUGAUUUGUUGUCCUAUGGACUAGCAUUACAGUGUCAGAUUUGUUGGUGAUUUUGGUCUUUAGAUGGUCUUGCUUCUGCUAUUAAGAAAACUAUAGACAUUUAAGUUGGUUUGUUUUAUAUAUAAACAUUAUAGAUAUAUAUUUAUGUGGUAAAGAAUGGAUAUAAACCAGUUUUUAGCUUUCUGAUUACUUUUUUUUUUUCAUUCAUAUAGACGUAAUGCAUAAUAACCUGUCUUAAAAAUCGUAAAAGGUGUAUUGCUUUAUUCACUUGAAGCGGUUCCAUGACCAUAUCAAAAAGGGUUGCAAGAGAUUGCCGAACAACAUCUUGCUUCUCUCGAACAGAGGCUGGUCAAGCCCUUAGAUGCACUGAGUACUGCACCUGCAUCCUGCUUUGUCUUGAGCUCAUUACUAGUCAUACGUCUCCUUAUCGAGCAGUGUGCUGUGCAUUAUAUAUAUAUACAUUUAUAUAUUUACCAACUGCUUUUCUUAUACUUUUUCUCUUUUUUUUUUGGUUAAUUGUACAAGUUCAACUUUGAUUAUAGAUUAGCUGUGACACUGCUGCUGUGGGGGAAGGGGCCCCCAUUUUCUCAUGCCCGGCCUCUCACUGGUCUUGAUUGAGGAUAACUUGACGGACCCGAGGGGGCUCUGACUAGCUAGGCAUGGCAAAAUGAGCCCCCCCACACCCACUUUCAAUUCUAAAUGUGAGAAUUAUUAUUUAUUUGAAGUUGUACAGUAUUACUUGGUUCCACAGCGGUUUUGGGAUAGAAUAUAUCUUGAGUAUUUAAAAAAGGAUGUACAUGUUAUUUUCUUUGUGUUUGGAAUACUUUGUAUUUUUUCAUGUUCAGUACAUCAAUAAAUACGUUGAAGGGAAAUGCA